GACGCGCACCGGAAGUAGAAGAAGGCGCCAAAAAUGUCGCCACGAAGGAGGACGUCCAUCUUUUCCUCACUGUCGCAUUCCUGGCUGGUCACAGUGGUUGUCCCGCUGAUCGUUUCCGUCCAAGUCCACCAAGUAACAGGAUGUCAAUUUUAUCCAGUUGGCGAGUACCUAAAAUUCGUACGGGUACCCGAAAAUCUAGAGACCGGAACGGAAAUUCUUUCACUGGAGGCUUACCCGCGAAAGCGAGUCAUUAUUAUGCCGGUCGACAAGGAGGAGGACGCCGGUUUCUUUACUUACAAGGAAACGAAUGAGACGCAUAUUUCUUUAGUCUUGGCUCAGUCUCUGGAAGAUUUGGUCGAUGCCGAGUCCCCAAGAAAUCUGCUAAAAUUUCGAGUUACCUGCGACUCGGAUGCCGAUGAUUCGUUGGUAUCGUCGCAUUUGUCUGUGACGGUCUACGUGGAGGAUAUAAACGAUCAUUCGCCACAAUUUGUCGAUGCGCCUUAUCACGUAACGGUGGACGAGCUUACGCCAGUCGGUGUGACAAUAUUCCGUGGGAUUCACGCACUGGAUGGCGACAAGCCGAACACACCGAACAGCGACGUUUAUUACGCUAUCGUGAAAGGGAAUGAGCAAGGCAAAUUUUCUCUCGAGUCCGGACAUAGAACUGCUCUAAUACUUCGCAAACCAGUCGAUUACGACAGCGGAGAUCGCGAAUUUACUCUGGUUAUCACCGCGACCGAUCGAGGCGUUCCCGCUAGAAGUACAAACACUACCGUAAAGAUAACUGUGGUGGAUAACGAUGAUCUUGAUCCCAAGUUUACGCGAGACAUCUAUAAGGCGAAAAUUUACGAAUUUUAUCCCAUGCCGGAGUAUCCAAUCUUUACAGAAAUCAACUUCACCGUUCCGAUCCACGCAGCUGACCGCGAUCGGGACAUAAACGUGCCCGUACGAUACGAUAUCAUAUCCGGGAACGAGAGAGGGUUUUUCCAUCUCGACCCGAAGAACGGUUCGCUUUUCCUGAAACGUGCGAUCGAUCUGGACGCCGAGAGAAGCUUGCCGGGCAACACGUUCAAUCUUCAGAUUCAUGCAUCGCAGGUGGACAAUCCGUUGAAGAUGACCGUUGCGCGAGUCGAGGUAGAGGUGUUGGAUCUCAACGACAAUCUGCCGCAGUUCGAAGUCGAUCUCUACAACAUUAGCAUCGUGGAGAACCUGCCAAACGGUUUCAGCGUGCUGCAGGUGAUCGCGCGUGACAAGGACCAGGGGGAGAACGCAGAGUUCGAUUACCAGCUGGAGGAUCCAGCGGGCGCGUUUUCCGUGGACGCGGUAUCCGGUUGGCUCACCGUGAAGGAUCAGACUGUUCUGGAUCGUGAAAAGCGGGACCAUCUGAAGAUGAAGGUCUACGCUGUGGAGCACAGACCGAGCGUUGUCACGACCGGCUCGAGAUCUUUCGUGGACGUGGAAGUCACCUUGCUCGACGCCAACGACAACAACCCUAUCUUCGUGCCGGGCAAUCUGUACGAGCUGGUGGCCAGAAGUGACGUGAAAGUCGGCACCGUGCUGGGUCAGGUGCACGCGGUGGAUGACGAUCUGGGUCCCAACGGACUGGUCCAGUACCGGUUGCAGAAACCAGGUAACUCGACGCUACGCAAACCGCCGUUCGCGGUGAACGAGAGGACGGGCGUGAUCACUGUGUCGGAGAGCCCCAUCCUCGAAGGCAGGCACGCGAUCUUCGUGGAGGCAGCUGACCAGCCGGCGAACCCUAGCGAGAGAAGAUUCUCCUUAGCGGUGGUCACGGUGGACGUCUUUCGAUCGGACGGUCCAGAUUCGUGGGAGCCGGAUUUCGUCGGCGCGCCCUAUGAAUUCUGGGUCGGCGCGAACGUGCCCGUAGGUACCAGCGUCGGGCAGAUUCGCCUGAAUGACGCCGUCAAAACUAACGACCUUAUCUACGAUCUCCUACACAGUUACGAGGAUGGAGUUCCAUUUGCCGUGGAGGAGCGCUCGGGUACGAUAACGGUCGUGGAGGAGAUCGAGCGCUUCGACCAAUCUACAUACGACUUCGAGGCGGUCGUCACCGACGAGAGGGAACUGUCGCUGAUCACGAACGUUUCGAUCCACGUGGUGGAUCCGAACGACGAGAGGGGCACUUUCACGAAGGGAACGACCACCGCCCCUCUGGUCUUUCAUGUAAAGGAGAACAUUCCCGGCGCAUUGAUCGGCCAAGUACUUCCGCACAAUGGCACAACGGCAGUUAUGUCCGGCACUCAAUUCCUUAUCGUCAAUCAGCAGGAUGUACCCGAUAUCGCCAUUAUGGAGGACGGGACUCUCUAUGCUCCAGAAGGUCUGGAUCGCGAGACAAGACAGAAUUACAGCAUCACCGUCAUUGCCGAGAGCUUGCGCAGUGUCGGUGUGUUUCAGGUGCGGAUCAUCGUGGACGAUGAGAACGACCACGCGCCGGAAUUCGCGUUAACCACCUACGAGGGCCGGAUUAUGGAGAACAGUCCCGCGGGAACGGAAGUUACUCUGACAGAUCCGAUCGUGGCUAGUGAUAAAGACGAGGGCAAGAAUCAGUAUUUCAUGUUUACCCUGCGAGGCGAGGGUAGCAAUCUGUUCAGGCUUGAUCCAAUAACGGGCCGAGUGUACUUCGUGGGUAUCGACGAGCGGACUCUAGAUCGCGAAUCGAAAGCUGAUUACGAGUUCCAAGUGAUCGCUACUGACAGCGGCGGACUGGCGUCGGAAACGACAUUAAAGAUAACAGUGCUUGACGCAAACGACAACGCUCCAAAGUUCAUACGAAUGGUGGUCCUGCCGGAUCAGGGUGUGCGCGUGUCACAGGAGCCGGACGCAUUUGACGUGGACAAAGACGAAGAGAGUGAAGAAUCCAGCAGACCGGUGGACAGCAGGCGACGAUCGCCGCUGCUGCUUGUGCCAGAGAACACGACGAUCGGUGUGCCGAUAAUUCGUCUGCUGGCGGACGACAAGGACGAAGGUGCAAAUGCAGCGAUCACGUACCAUCUGGGCAACGAAACUCUGAGCGGGAUUCGAGCACGUCGUUACGACGCGACUAGCCGCCGAUACUUCCAUCUCGAUUCACGCACGGCCGAGAUAUCCGUUGCCCGAAGCCUACCGCCGGAAAAGGAUAUUCGGCUGUUCGUCCUGGCGAAAGACUCCGGCGGCCUCUCGGACAACAUCACCGUCAGGAUCCACGUGACGGACGUGAACGACCACGCGCCUGUAUUCGACAAGUCCUGGUACACCUUCGACGUGGCUGAAGGCACCUACGACAAUCGCGCGGUUGGCGCAGUGCGGGCGCUCGAUUCCGAUUUCGGUGCGAACGCCGAUCUAAGCUACGAGCUGAUCACCAGUCACGAGGACUCGGUCAACGCGUCGCGGUCCUUCGACGUAGACCCGUACGAGGGCGUAAUACGAAUAAGCGGAACUCUCGAUCGAGAAAGAGUCACGACUCAUCGUCUUCUCGUGGUGGCUCACGACCAAGGUUCCCCGAGUCUAAGUUCCUCCGUCGAAGUCGAGAUCAACGUGUUGGACGUGAACGACAACGCGCCGGUGUUCCACGGUUACGACGAGAUAGAGGAGGACGAUCGAUUGCCGGUUUAUCGCGCUUCCGUCCUGGAGAACACCCCGAUCGGCACGCAAGUGACCAAGAUAUACGCGAACGACAGCGACUUUGCCGGCAAUGGAAACGGAUUGAUCUUGUUCGACCUGAGCUAUCAAGAUCGCGCGGAGAAGCAGUACUUCGCGGUGGACAGCAAGGAAGGCAUCGUCGCGACUAUCGCCAAGCUCGAUUACGAGACCAAGAGCAACUACCGUUUGAUCGUCACGGCGAGCGAUCUCGGCUCGCCGGUUGGCUUGACCUCCUCGGCCGUGGUUCUCGUUACCGUACUUAACGUCGACGAUGACGAUGAAGAAGCGAACAACGAGGUGCACAUGAUGCCAACCUUCCGGCAUCGCUAUUACGAGGUGGAGAUCGAAGAGAACUCUACUGUGCCGUUGCUGAUCGCGCAGCUCGAGCUUGCCGAUAACUACGGCGACCAUGUAAGGUACAGCAUCGUGGCUGACGGUUCCGACGGCAGGCAGCACUUCUCGGUCGAUCCCAAGAAUGGCUCUCUAUACUUGAUGACGGAAGUCGAUCGGGAGGCCAGGGAUCGGUACGAAACGAAGGUCAGAGUCGAUCGGCUGAAGAUCGGCCGUGGCAUGCCGGUGAUGAUCUAUCCGAUCGUUGGCGAGAGGCUUAAUGGUCUAGCGCCUAAUGAAGCCAAGGUGGUCGUCAGAGUGAAAGACGCGAACGACAACGCGCCGAGAUUUAAGUCAAAAGGCAGACCCAUUCUCGCCGCUAUACCCACUACUGCCCAUUACGGUUACGAGGUCGUCAAAGUGGAGGCGGAGGAUCCGGACCUCGGAAUAAACGGUGAAAUACGCUACCAAAUCCUCGGCCGGGAGGAUGCCCCACGUUUCGCCAUCGACCCACUGAGCGGUCAAGUGCGAUCCGUGACGAGUUUCGGCCGUGACGCCGGUCGCGUCUUUGGUUUCGACGUGAAGGCCACCGACAGGCAGGGUGCCGAGAACGGGCGCAGCAGUAUCGUUAACGUCUUCGUGUACGUGUUGGACGAUCAGAAGCAGGUCGUCAUGGUCGUGGGGCGGAAGCCUAUCGAGAUCGAGCCGGAGCUCGAUAAUAUCACCAUCGCGUUGCAAAAUGUCACUGGUUUGGACGUGCGAGUAAGGAAGCUAGAGCCCCACAUCGAGAAAAAUUUGAUUGACACGACUUCUACCGAUGUUUAUUUAUACGCAAUUGACCCGCAUUUGAACGUUAUGAUAGACAUGGACACUUUAUACAGCGUGUUUAAUAGCAAAAAGAUGGACAUCAAGCGCGAACUGGAUGAGUAUCGCGUAUUGGAAAUCGCUGGUAACGCUCCACGUAAGGGUCAACGUUACUUGCUGUCCACCCUCGAAGUGGGUGUUGUGGUACUCGGCUGCGUCGUCUUCGUAGGCGCCCUCGUAACUGCUCUAUGUGUUACCUGCGUUCGUCGCAACAAACGUCGUAGACGACGAGAGAAGGCCAUGUUCUCGACGAUCGGCCCGGUCGGAUUCGCUUUGACGGAUCCCGCUGGCACGCUGCAAAAGCCGCCCCUCUUUCCCACCUUCGUCGACGGUCUUCAUUACGACCCCGAACCCUUCUGCUCCGAGAUGUCCAGACGUCAGAGCAUGUGCGAGCACGGCAGUAAUUGCGUCCGUUUCCACACGAUGGGCGGGACUGGAAAACACGCGGUGAAGUCGACGGGUACCCUGAAAGGCCUUGAGGCAUCCGCAACGUCCCUGCAUUCCAGCGGUCAGGAUUCUGGUAUCGUGGCGCGCGCUUCCUGCCACUGCAGUCACUCGUCCAGCCCUUCCAGCGGCGAAAGCAGCAAUGGGUACGAGGAUUCGCUAAAGUCUCUUCAGCGUCGCGAGAGAAGUAAUGACGUCUCACGCGGAGGCCACGACAUCUCCAGCGUGGUUGGGAGACGGGCGAAUCUGGCGGCGAAACGGCGGCAGCGGUUUCACUCUUUUUCAAACGGCGAAUCCGUUUAUACUCAUGAGAUGACGUUGCAACGAGAACAGCUACAGCCCUGCUGCAGCGGUACCGAGAAGAGACGGAAAGCGGAGCAUCGCCGCGCUCAUUCCGAAGCGGAGAACAAUAUCACCGAAACGGUGAUACACGAACAUCCGGGAACGGAGAUCUCAUUAGCAAGCUCCCUACCGAACACGUCGUCUCUUCAUGGUACAACACGAACCAGCCACAUGCUCUAUUAAUGGCGCUAAUGCGUAAAACGACGGGUACUUUCAAGGAACAUCGGAAUAAUGGAGCUGCAACCUACUUUUUUACUUUUUCCUACAGAAAUUCUGGCGUUUAAAUUAUUUUUGUACAUUAUGCGCAUGCUUACGACAUGUCAUCUCGUUGCCAAAGUAUUUAUGCAUCCAAUCAGAGAAUCACUCAUUUUUGUAAAUACACGACACGUUUUCGAUACGCGAUCUUUCAUGUUUUUUUUUUUCGUUAAAUAAUUGAGAUAAAUUAUAGCGAGUUAGAUAAUGGCGCAGCAGCUAUCGUCAUGAUUAUUUAUCGUGCAAAUAUUAAAAUGUAAGACGUGAAUGUUUAUGUAUUGUAUAAUAUUAGUAUAUUGUUGUAUAGAUUAUGUACAGAUAUAUUUCGCGGAUACGUCCAUUAUAUGAUAAGUUACUCGAUCAUGUCAGCCAAUUUAUUUAAUAUAUAUGCAACAUGUAUGUUUGUAAAAUAUAACAAAAUGUAAUAUAAUUUAUAUCCUAAUCUAACACGCUUCUUAUUGAAUAAGUUAUCGUAGUAAAUUGUAGGUCCUUAAUAAGGGUAAUAAAUUUCUUUACUUUUAUUCUAUAUAAUUUGGACAUUAAUAGUUCAAGAACGUGUUAAUACUCCAAAAUUAAAUUUUGUUUCCGAGACAAACAUUUUCUAGUAAAUAAAACAAUUGGAGAAAUGAAUUUUCAGAGGUUUUUAGAGAAUAAAAAUGUUCAUGAUGAAGAAAUAUUUGUUAUGUUAUAAUUUUUAAUGAGUUGCGGACGCAUUGUAGAGCCACAGAUGCACAGUCACGCUGCACUUGGUCGUCGAAAGCGACCUUCGGAGACACGUCACGCCGAUAUCCCGCAAUUUCUCAAAGUACUCCGACAUCUGAGGAAUCUCCCUGCUGUGAUUAAAUCAGCGUGGGUGUUUUAAUUACGAUAAAUCGAAUCGCACGAGGGCGUAUUAAUUCCUCUUUAAGGGGAUAUAUCAGAAAACCAUUGAUGUAAAUUAUUGAUAAUGCUGCUAGCGAGAACAAAGUCGUUUCCGAUUGCCUUUUUAUUUCGAUCGACUGUGGAUGAUGAACGAUUGUCUACCCGGCGUCGUUUUUAAAGUGACGCGACAAAAACGAGAAUGCUUCGCUCCUUCUACAAUAAGAAGAACCAAUAUCAUCUAUCGGGAGAAUGUUUCAAGGCGAUGUUGCAUGUUUUGUUUCAGCGAUCAAAGUGCUGUAAGUUUUUAAUGUAAUUAUUGCCAGUAGAACUCAAUUACUUUUUAAAAACAAGUAAUCUAUCAUUAUCAGAUGAAUUUUCUCUAUAAGUUGCUUAAACAAUUACUGCUUCUCAUUUUCCUCUGUUAUUUCAUUAAUUAAUGUGUUUAUUCUUGUCCUUGGAUGCUCAUUUUAUCAUAGCAUUAUCGAGAAACGACGGAUGGGUGACAUGAUCCGACAGAGGAGCCAGGAGAACAUUUCGGGUACCUAAUAAGUUCGGUAAAUAAGUUUUAAGCGCCCGAUCGAGCCCAACUGAAUCAAAUUACGCCAUCGAUUAUGGGAUCAGGUUGGCGCUCGGCUUGAAAGGCCGUCAAUUAACGUCGGCGACCUCGACCCCGGCUGAGGGAUCUCGAGGACGAUUUCGAGGGACAUCGCGCAUCCUGCGUGAACGGAUUCCGCCGGUUUCACGGAAAAAGCGGGAAGAACUCUGACAACAUGCCCUCGCCUCCGGCACGGAUUAAGUAUCUAAUAUUUCACUCAAAUAUUCGAAUGACGCCCGCAAGGGCCGAUGAAACGGCGCGGUUUCGCAGUCAGUC